GUUGGGCGGCACUGCUUCCGCGUUGACGCGUGCGCUACGUGCAAACGAAUGCGGUGUAAAUGGAAAGAAGCGGUGAAGACUGUUUCAUCAGUAUAAAGGCAUUUAAGCAAAGUAUUUGUAGUUUAGAGCCGAACUGAUGCGAUACAUCGUUUCUACAUGUCAUCACUUGGAUGUAGUUGCCCAGGAUGACCCUGCCUCGAACCAACGAGUUUAUUCCACCGCCGGAAUGUCCUGUGUUUGAGCCCAGUUGGGAAGAAUUCGACGACCCGUUUGCGUUUAUCAGCAAAAUACGUCCCAUUGCAGAAAGGACUGGUAUUUGUAAGAUCAGACCGCCGCAGGGGUGGCAGCCACCAUUUGCCUGUGAUGUGGACCGUUUACGUUUCACCCCACGCAUACAGAGGCUCAAUGAAUUGGAGGCUCAAACCAGAGUUAAACUCAACUUUCUGGACCAGAUAGCCAAGUUUUGGGAACUGCAGGGCUGCUCGUUGAAAAUCCCUCAUGUGGAGCGCAAAUCACUUGACCUGUAUCAGCUCUAUAAGUUGGUAAUAGAGGAGGGAAGCUUUGACAUGGUCUGCAGGGAACGGAAAUGGACCCAGAUUGCUCUGAAAAUGGGUUUUGCUCCUGGCAAGGCUGUUGGAUCUCACUUGCGUGCCCACUAUGAGAGGAUUCUCUACCCUUAUUACCUCUUCAAGACAGGCACCAACCUGCUGAGCUCACAGAAACCCACUCUUACAAAUGAUACCAAAGAUAAGGUCUAUAAAUCUCAUGACUUGCCCCAGCGACAGUCUGUUCAGCCUGCAGAAACCUCCUCCAUUGCUCGUAGAGCCAAACGGUCUAAAAUCUCUUUAAAGGGCCGCUGUUUUAAAAGUGAACAGGAGGAAGAGUGCAAGAACAGACCCAACCUGAGAAGGAGAAUGGGCUCUUAUGUGGCAAAACUAGAAACAGUGAAACGCUUACCAGUCCAAGUGAAACAGGAGCCUACAGAAGUUGAAUCAAUGCCCAAUGGAGAAAAAUCAAAGGUGGAACAGUACAUGUGUUUGGUGUGCGGGGGAGGCGGUGAUGAGGACAAGCUGUUGUUGUGUGAUGGCUGUGAUGACAGCUACCACAUAUUCUGUCUUAUCCCACCACUCCAUGAUGUUCCCAAAGGGGACUGGAGGUGUCCCAAGUGCCUGGCGCAGGAGUGUGGGAAGCCUCAGGUUGCGUUUGGCUUUGAACAGGCUCCGAGAGAGUACACACUCCGCUCGUUUGGAGAUAUGGCAGACUCCUUCAAGUCAGACUAUUUCAACAUGCCUGUUCAUAUGGUCCCUACCGAGCUGGUUGAGAAGGAAUUUUGGCGUUUAGUUAGCACCAUUGAGGAAGAUGUCACAGUAGAGUAUGGGGCAGACAUUGCCUCAAAGGACUUUGGCAGUGGCUUCCCUGUCAGGAAUGGUCUUUUUAAAGUCAUGUCAGAUGAAGAGCAGCAUUACCUCAGAUGUGGCUGGAACCUCAACAACAUGCCAGUGCUGGAUGCAUCUGUGCUGACUCACAUCACAGCUGAUAUAUGUGGGAUGAAACUGCCUUGGCUCUAUGUGGGCAUGUGCUUCUCCUCUUUCUGUUGGCAUAUUGAGGAUCAUUGGAGCUAUUCUGUAAACUAUUUGCAUUGGGGAGAGCCAAAGACAUGGUAUGGUGUUCCUGGCUUUGCAGCAGAGCAGUUAGAAGCAGUGAUGAAGAAACUUGCCCCUGAACUCUUUGAGUCUCAGCCAGAUUUGCUUCAUCAGUUGGUCACAAUCAUGAACCCUAAUGUGCUAAUGGAGCAUGGAGUGCCCAUUUACCGCACAAACCAGUGUGCUGGUGAGUUUGUCAUCACCUUCCCCAGAGCAUAUCACAGCGGGUUCAAUCAGGGCUUUAACUUUGCUGAGGCUGUUAACUUCUGCACAGUAGACUGGAUACCACUUGGUCGACAGUGUGUAGAGCAUUAUCGCUCAUUAAACAGAUACUGUGUUUUCUCCCAUGAUGAGAUGGUCUGUAAUGUUGCAGCCAAAGCAGACAGCCUGGAGCUGGAAAUGGCUUCUGCCAUACAAAGGGAUAUGAGCGUUAUGAUUCAGGAGGAGAAAGAGCUGCGAGAAAUAGCCUACAAGCUGGGUGUUUGGCAUUCCCAGCAGGUGGACUAUGAAGAACAGCCAGAUGAGGAGAGGCAGUGUUGUAAAUGCCGGACAACCUGCUACCUAUCUGCCAUUACCUGUCCCUGCAGUCCUGGCCAGCUGGUGUGUCUACACCACCUCCAAGACCUCUGCUCCUGUAACCCUAACCGUUAUACACUGAAUUAUAAGUACACAGUGGGCAAGUUAAACCAAAUGUUCAAGACCUUAGCAGUACGUGCGGAGUCAUACAGUGACUGGGCUUCUAAAGUUAACAUAAUUUUAAAGGCUGACCAAGACAAUAAAAGUGACUUGGAGGAACUUCGUACACUGAUUGUUGAGGCAGAAACAAUGAUGUAUCCUGAGAUGGAUUUGCUACUCCAUUUAAGACAGACUGUCCAGAAUGCAGAAAAAAGUGCCUUAAUGGCCCAGCAGCUACUUAAUGGGAAGAGACAGACCAGGUAUCGCUCGGGUGGUGGGAAAUCUCAGAAACAUCUCACUGUAGAGGAGUUGAGUUUAUUUGUACAGCAGCUAUAUGACCUGCCCUGCACCAUUAGACAGGCCCCUUUUCUCAAGGCUCUGCUCAGCCAUGUUAGGCAGUUCCAGGAACAGAGCUCAGAUCUCAUGGCUGUGGAGAUGCCCAGCUCCUCAGCCCUGCAAGCUGUGCUGGAUGAGGGCUCUGGGCUGGAGGUAGAGUUGCCAGAGCUUGAUGUGCUUAGGCAGCGGCUAGAGCAGGCACGCUGGGUUGAGGCAGUACAACAGGCCAGCAAGGAGCCUACCAGCCUCAGCCUAGAACGCAUGAGGAAACUGAUUGACCAAGGAGUGGGUCUGGAGCCUCAUGCCUGUGUGGAGAAGACUAUGGCCAACCUGCAAGAGCUGCUCACUGUGUGUGAGCACUGCGAGGAGAAGGCACAAAGCAUUCUAAUGGCCAGACCUCGCCAAAAUUUAGAGACGCUGGAGGCAGUGCUGCUGGAAGUAAAUAGUAUCCAGGCUUACCUGCCCAACUGUCUCCAAUUGCAAGAAUCGGUCAUCAGGGCUAGAGAGUGGAUACAGGAGGCAGAAGCUCUACAGCUCGGUGGGCGUAUCCCUGUUCUGUCCUCUUUGAAUGAUCUGAUCCUAAAAGCUAAAGGAAUCCCAGUCCUGCUGACACCUCUGGCACGGCUGGAAAGCCUUGUAUCAGAGGUGCAGGCCUGGAAGGAGAGUGCAGCCAAAAUGUUUUUGUUGAAGUACUCCUCCUUCUCCCUCCUGGAGGUACUGUGCCCUAGGUGUGAGACAGGGUGUCAGAAAUCGAAAUCAAAGAGAGUAAGAGAUGUUCCUCCAGCUGUUAAAAAAAAUGGCAUAAAACUGAGCUCUCUUGGUGAUGUGGAAAUGGCACUCUCUGAAAGCAAAGACACAGCUUUAGCAAUGGCUACUUUGUGUGAGGUGCGUUUGAAGGAGCUUGAAACCCUGAAUGUCCUAAGGACAACAAACAAUGCAAAGUUUCUAUCCAAAAACGGCUUGGCUCCUACAGUGUGCCUAUGCCAUACAGUGCCAGCAGGGCCCAUGCUCCAGUGUGAACUCUGCCAUGAUGCUUACCACAGUGGUUGCGUGCCAGGGUACCAGGAUACACAGGCAGGGCAGCCUUGGCUGUGCCCACUCUGCAGCCGAUCUGAGAAACCUCCUCUGGACAAGGUGCUGCCCCUGCUUGCUUCUCUCCAGCGUAUUCGGGUACGGCUUCCAGAGGGUGAUGCACUGCGGUUUAUGAUUGAGAGGACAGUGCGCUGGCAGCACAGAGUGCAGCAGGUUUCACCAUUUACACAGCAGUUUAAUGAAAAAAUGAGAACUUUGUCUGAAAACCCUUCUCCAUCCCUGGAUGAUAGUAAUGGGUGCUUCUGCAUGCACCAUUCAUGCAUUCCUCUCAGUGUUCUUAGUCCUGAACUAGAGGAGCUGCUUGUGGAAGGUCUCCUUCUACAAGUGACUUUGCCCGAGCUGCAGCAUCUCUACCAGGGGUUGCUAAGCAGGUUCUUUCCUUCUCAUCAUGCCCUACAGAGCAGUGAGCAUGACCACCAGUACCACAUUGCACAGGAUAGUAGCGUGAUUUACAAAACCCUACCCCAAGGCAAGGUCCAGGAAUUAGAGUUGCAAAAAGUCAGUGAAAAGCUAGAGAAGAACCCCAAGAGGCACUUGGAAAAGGACAUCACUGAUGAGCAUGACAGAGACACUGUUAAGAAGCCCAAGAAAAAAAAGUCUAGGAUAAACCAGGAGAGGACACAUGAGAAAAGAACCAUCUCUUCCUCUGGAUUGAGCUCAGACCCACCCUUUUCAGAGGACUCCGAAGAGGACUGGUCUGUGUGCUCAGCAAAGCGAUGUCAACAACCAGAAGGAAAUGAGGUAAACUGGGUUCAGUGUGAUGGCAGUUGUAACCAGUGGUUCCACCAAAUUUGUGUGGGUGUGUCUGCUGAGCAGGCUGAGAAUGAAGACUACAUCUGCACCAACUGCUUAGUGAAAUGAUUUGACACCAUCAAGACCAAAAAUCUCUGGAUAAACAAGUUAGAUCGCCACAUAUUUCUCCUAGCUCUCAGAUGCCCCAGUCAGUCGUCUUGUCGUGUCGGCACUAUAGGACUAAGUGAUGAGAUUUCCUGGUCUUUUUCAUAUUGUCUAGAGGACAGGGCACAAAGAGGUACCUCAGGUGUUUCUAUUCCAUAACUACAUGGUAGAGGGACAGUAUGUUUCCCCAAAUGUAAAAUUGGAUUCUGCUAUCCACAAUGUCACCUCCUAACAUACUAGUUAAUCUGACCACAUGGCUCAAAGACUGGUUAUCACCAAAUUAGAUGAAUUGGGCUAAAUGAAAAGCUAUACAUUUAUUUUUUAAAAAUGUAUUUACUACACUAGUAUGCUUGUUUGUUAUUUAUUUAUCCCAGCAAUAACUAAGCUGGCUACUUGAUUUUCUUCAGCUUCAUCUGCUUAGCUCGCUUUCUUCCAUUCGUGUUAGUUGUACAGAAUCCUGAUUUAGGUUGCACAAGCUAUGUAGCAGACAGAAAAAGUGUGAAUUAUUCUUUGUGACCUUUGCUGUUUAUUUUAUUUUUAAACAAUAUCAGAUGUUCAUUGUGAAAUAAAAUGUUUUUUUUUCUUGCUGGCAAUUUCAAUUACAAAUACUGAUUUUUUUUUUUU